AAUCUGGAAACCCCUUUUAACCCCUUCCAGUCCGGACACUUCCCCCCCCUUCCAGUCCGGACACUUUCCCCCCCUUCCAGUCCGGUAAACACUUUCCCAUCCAUUCUGGACACUUUCCCCCCCUUCCAGUCCGGACACUUUCCCCCCCUUCCCAGUCCGGACACUUUCCACCUCCUUCCAGUCCGGACACUUUCCCCCCUUCCAUUCCGGACGCUUUCACCCCCUUCCAUUCCGGACGCUUUCACCCCCUUCCAGUCCGGACACUUUCCCCCCCUUCCAGUCCGGACACACUUUCCCCCCUUCCAGUCCGGACGC